UGUAGGUGUUCCCGUUUGAGAACCCUCCCCCGGCCUUCAGAAGCUGCAAAUUGACUAGACCGCGGUGUGAGUGACCGUAGACGCGGCGAUGUUGGGGUUGGGGUUAUUAUAGGUGGUUGGGGUUAUUGUAGAGGGACGCUCCGAUUGACAGGACAGGCGUGUGGAUCAGCAAUAAAAGUUAGUCGGAGCGCUUGGUUAAGAAAACGGCGUUAAAAUGGGCAGAUCGGCGAAGUACAGAAACUGAAAAAGUCAUCGUGGGUGGUGGAGGGAGUUAGUAACGUAUUGGUGGGAAAAGGCAGUUUUACAAUAGUUUGGGGGAAGAUGCUGUCCUUUCUCCCCAUCAAGAAACUGAGACGGAAGGGCAAGUGCUUAGUGCUGGCGGCGCUGCUGGCGUUUGCGGGCUUGGCCGGGUACCAGCGCUUGGCGGCCGGGAGCACAUGGGACCGUCUUCUGCAUCCGAUCCGCUCCACUGGUGGCAGGAGCCCCUGCAGGCAUGGAGCGGGAGCAGCGGGUCCCGAUGAUUAUCCAGGAGCAACGAUGGACAGCAGCCACAUGCACGUAACCCCACCCUGGAAUCCUGAGUACAAAGGUCAGGCUAACAUGCACGUGUUCGAGGACUGGUGUGGCAGCUCCACCGACCAGCUGCGCAGGAACCCGCUCUACCCACUGUACCCACACUCAAGGACGACAGUCCGAAAGCUGGCUGUAGCUCCUGGCUGGAGAAACUACGGCCUGCGAAUCUUUGGCUAUCUGCACCCCUAUGUGGACGGCGAGUACCUGUUUACUGUGGCCUCUGACGACAACUCGGAAUUCUGGCUGAGCCUGGAUCACACCCCCAUCCGAUCUCAGCGUGUGGCCCUCGUGGGCAAGGCAGGCUCGGAAUGGGCCGCCCCGGGGGAGUUUGACAAAUAUGCCAGCCAGGUGUCCCGCCCCAUCCGGCUGAGGGCAGAGGAACGCUAUUUCUUUGAGAUCCUCCACAAACAGAACGACAAAGGCACGGACCAUGUGGAAGUUGCCUGGCGACUCGACCAAGCAGGAUGGGGGUUCAAGGUCAUCGAUUCGAAGUACAUUUCCCUCUACACAAAUGAGUCGGCUCUGAAGAUGAAUGUAGUGGGUCACAUUCCGCUGUCGCCCGCCAGUCACCCGCGCUCCCCCUUGCCUGUCCCCCACCCCGGCCAUCUCGGCAUUGACAUGCUGCGGGACGACCCCCGCGAUUCUCUAUACCAGAUGCCGCUGGUGGACGAGGAGCUCCUGCAAGGUGUCCUGCCCACCUGCUCCUACAAACCCAGCUACCUCAUCCAAGGGUUCGCCUUGCUGAGGUACCAGGGCCUGAAGUUUAUCCACAUGACCUAUGUUUACCCCAAUGAUUACACGCGGCUGACCCACAUGGAGAGUGACAACAAGUGCUUCUACCACAACACUGACAGGUCUGGAUUCUCUAAAUAUGUGAAAUUCGAUGACCCAGAAUUGGAUGCGUUUGAAGGAGGUUCACGAUGGAAGAAAAGACAAGCUGUAGGAUUGGGUGUUUCUGAGGGGACAAAGAGCAGGCGGGAGCCUGAUGAGAUGGACCUGGAGGAUUCUCCAGUGACAGUCAUCAAGGAGACACGGACCAGACCCGUCAGCUUUCUCAGUGACAGAAGCAGCUCUAACUUCAUCCUCAGGUGGAAGCGAAGGCUGACUCAGCCCCCCCGGCCUUCCCCUUUGGGACGGACGCCAACCACCAGCACUGUGUGGAUUCCGCAGCUGGGUCACAGGGUCUCAAAUGAGAGGUGGACUGACAGACCACCGCAGCAGAAAGACUCUGAAAUGCUGAGCAUUCCAGUGUACUCUGUUGUCCGUCUUCAUCUGGGUCAGGGCGUAGCUCUGGAAAACCCGAACAGCAUUCCAAACCAGACGUAUAACUCCAGUGGGAGCGAGGCUGUGUCCCCAACUGGUGCUGGGAUACCAGUGACCUCCAGGGUCCCUCGAGGAGCUCAACAGAUACCCUGGCUGUAUGGGAGAAGAAUCAUUGAAGAUGUUCAAAGGGUCAUGAUGGGGAGAGGUGGAGGGCCGAGAGAUGAUGACACGCACCACAAUACCUACACAUCAUACGAAAUCGAUCGCAAGGUGAACUGGCGACGCACCUUCGACAUAAAGCAGCUGGACCAUCGCGCACUGCGUUCCGAUCGCAUCAACCUGAGCUGCAACGUAACCGGGAACCUGCUGCUGCCCCCUGAGGAAGCUCUACGUGUGGUGGGAGCCUUCAUGGAGAAGGUCAACCAGAAGAACCAGGGGCGCUUCUCUCUGCUGCGUGUGCUGAAUGUGGAGAAGAGGCUGGAUGGCGUCCAGGGCAGCCGCUACCUGCUGGAGCUGGAGGUGCGUGACCACAGUGGGGCCACGUUUCGCCUGUCCCGGUACGUGUAUCUGAUCCAGGUUAGAUCGACUCCCCAGGCAGACGGAAGGGCCAGGUCGAGGCUGGGCCACCUGGAGCCGGUACUCUGCCACCCACUGGGCCUGUCCUGGAACCCGGUGGCCACCGUCCACUUUGUCAUCCCAGUGAAGAAUCAGGCCCGAUGGGUUCAGAGGUUUAUCGAGGACAUGGAGGAGGUGUACAGAGCUACCCAGGACAAGAACUUCAACGUCAUCAUCUCCGACUUCAACAGCACAGAUAUGGAUGUUGAGCUGGCACUCAAGGGCUCCUCCUUGCCUAGGUACCAGUACACAAAGCUGACUGGGAACUUUGAGCGUUCGGCCGGACUUCAGGCUGGGAUAAAUAUGAUCGAUGACGAGCACAGCAUCGUGUUCUUGUGUGACCUGCACAUCCACUUCCCCCAAUCCAUCGUCGACAGCAUCCGCAAGCACUGCGUGGAGGGCAAGAUGGCCUUCGCACCAGUGGUGAUGCGGCUGGACUGCGGGGCUACGCCCACGGAGCCUCGAGGUUUCUGGGAGGUCAACGGCUUUGGGCUGCUCGGCAUCUACAAGUCCGACUUGGACGCGGCAGGCGGCAUGAACACCCAGGAGUUCCGGGACCGCUGGGGGGGGGAGGACUGGGAGCUACUGGACCGGAUACUCCAGACUGGACUUGAAGUGGAGCGCAUUUACCUCCGACACUUUUUGCACUACUACCACUCCAAACGAGGCAUGUGGAACAGGAAGAUCCUCUGAGCCACAUAAGCUGUGCAGUACCACUCUAUAAUGCCCUCUAUGUGUUCUGCCUUCCUUUGUCCAUCUACCAAUGAGUACCUGAGUGGGCGGGGCCAGCCAGGCUCCCACCCUCCAAAGACUCUUUCACUGUGGUCUGGGCUGCAUCUGUGCCAUGAUUAUUGUGUGUGUGUGUGUGUGUGUGUCUGAGGGAGACAGUAAGAGAGUAUAAUUCAUAAUUCAAGUAUGAUGAUUUUUGUAUAUCUUGCAGGGUUUUCCUCAGCUUGCCUUAUUGGGUGUGAUCUACGUUAAAAUGCAGUAAAAGGUGACCGCGUGGUUGCCGGGGGUGUUCUGGGGUGUCGUCAGUGCAACUAAUGACUCAGCUGUUUACAUUCGAUUCUCUCUCCCAAGUGUUGUUUCACAAUGAAAUGAAUAGAGUGGGCACUGUGCAGAUUGGGUACCACUUUGCUGGUGUUCCUGCUUCAAGGCUGGAUGCCAGAAGGAGAUGAAAUUAAUUCAUUUAUAAUGUCUUUGAAAAAUUUAAAUGCUGUAUUUUUUCAGGAUUGUUUGGAAUGGAGAGUGUAUAUCAAAUGAUUUGCUUUGGUUACUUUUGCCUGUAGUGAUUUUAAAUGCAUUUGGUCAUUACUGCUUUUUAAGUUUUAUCUUGUUUUUUUUUUUUAAUUUGAGUUUCUUUGUUUGUGCUUGUGUAAGAAGAAGCACAAACCUUUACUAUUUACACUGAAGAGGUUUGAGGUCUGGAAACUGAAUAGAAAUGACAUGAAAAUGAAAAAAUGAGAAAUGCGCAGAAGCAAAGCAUCUGAUAACCUGAGGAGCGUCAGAGCAGGGAGGUCUGAGCAGACGGUGGAUGGUCUGCAGGGCUGUGCCUGCGGUCCACAGAGACAUCCACAGAACAUUCUUGCAAAAUCUAUUCAGCAGCAAUAACAGAAAGAAUGGACCUAUGAAGACAAUACAGAGAUGCUGUUCUGUGUGACGUGGCUCCGAGGUUCUGGUGAUACGAUGAAUGUCGCCAUGCUGAGCCAAGAGUCGCCGACAGGCAGUCCCUCGCCGCUGGGCAGCGCUGGGCCAACAGCGAACUACUGAGUUUGUUCAUUGUAAUCAUUGUAGUUUUUUUAAAAUUUUGCCUUUUUUACUCAUUCUGUCUUAAUGACCGUUGAAACUCCUUUGUUUUUUAAAUGGGGGACAUAUUGCCGCCUGGAACCCUGGGUUCCAUUUGUUUGUAUGUCUGCUACUUAACACUUUUUACUGAGUGAGUGAAGGCUGUGACUGUAAGGAAACAGGGGUAGGCUGUGUCCCAAUUCAGGGGCUGCAGUCUGCUAAGGCUUCAUUCACAGACCAAAUGCAUCACAGCGAUGCAUCACAGCAGUGCAGCAAGGCUGUCCCAUUCCGAAGGCUCCUUCAAAUGUGGCCUAGAAAUCCCAGGAUUCCAUGCGUGAACCUUCAAGGGACACAACCUCCAAAGGCUACAUCGACGAUACUCAGGGGAUGCAGCCCCUGAAUUCGGACCAGCCAUUAAAAAUACCGAUCUCCCUGGCUGGUUCCGUAGUGACUGUGAUUUUACACUGAUUUCUGUGAAAUUGGUAUUUGUGUACUUAAAAUCAAUUCUUAACACAGUUCAUGAAAAUCAUAUGUAGAUUUUUUAUUUUCAG